AGAGUAGAGAGGGAAAAGGCAACAGCUGUACAUACAUACAACUAUAAUGCAGAACUGAGACAUGGAGAGGUCUACAGUCUCCUCUGGGUCUCUGCCCUUAUUUUAGAGUUUAAACUGUGUUCUUUUGCACCAAUCUGGACUAUUACGCCUGAAGAAAAGCUGCUUGAAAAUUCUCCAUUCAGUCAUUUUUACUCAAGAAAUGUUCUGGCGAUAUACCGUCACUGCUCUCCUCUGUGUACUGGCCCAGUCAUCAGGUUCAGAAGUGCUUGGUGUGGCUGAUCAACAAGAAGAUGAUGGAUGUGCAGACCUCACCAACACCACAUGGCAGCAGUACAGACAGAGGGCCAAGCUGCAGGUCCGGUAUCUGCUACUGACGAGAAACAACCUAGAAUGUGCUCAAGUUUUCAGCCAGGGGUCCCUCUCAAAAACACAGCUUCCACCUUACUUCAAUACCUCACUGAAGUCAAAGGUCAUCGUCCAUGGAUACAGGGCUAUGGGCAGUAAGCCGUCCUGGGUGAUAGACUUGGCUCAGGCCUUGCUCAGAGCAGAGGAUGUGAAUGUUUUGAUUGUGGACUGGGUUUACGGAGCGUCUUUUGCUUAUAACCUGGUGGUAGAGAGCUACAAAGAGGUGGCUGUGCAGAUCUCAGUCCUCAUCAACCAACUACAGAAACAAGGAAGUAAGCUGGAGUCAUUUCACUUCAUUGGGGUCAGUCUGGGAGCACAUGUGUCUGGUUUUGUGGGAACUUUGUUUGAAGGAAAGAUUGGACGGAUCACAGCUCUAGAUCCAGCUGGUCCCAUGUUCAAAAGAGCGGACACGUUUGAUCGACUGGACCCAUCAGAUGCCCAGUUUGUUGACGUGAUUCACACCGACUCAGACUAUUUUGGCAUCUCCAUCCCGGUUGGUCACGUUGACUUUUUUCUGAACGGGGGGAAUGACCAAACCGGAUGUGCUCGCUCAAAAUUUGCUUCUAUGUACGGCUAUGUAAUCUGUGACCACAUGAGGGCGCUGCACGUCUAUAUGAGCGCACUGAACGGCUCGUGCGCACUGGCAGCUCUGCCCUGCACCAGUUAUGAAGACUUCUUGCUGGGCCAGUGUGUGGACUGCAACGUGUUCAAGGGGACGUGUCCAGUUAUAGGUUUAUCAGAAAACAGUGGUAUCUCUGUAUCACCAGUGCCCAAAGAGCAGAAAGUGUUUUUAAUAACAUCUUCAUCUGCACCUUUUUGUGCUCAUCACAUUCUGGUGGAGCUGGAAGUUGCUUCUUUGGACAAAAGUGCUGAGCUGGAGUUAACUCUGGUAAAAGGAAACCAAAAAGUGGUGAAGAGGGUUCGACUCCAGACACAUAAAACAGUGUACAGGACAGUGCUGGCUCAUCAGGCUCCUCUCUGUGAAAUUGACUCCAUCAUAAUGAGAAACACCGGGGCGCGCUUUUAUCGACAGGCAGAGGUCCAUGUUCGAUCUGUGUGUCUGUUGCAGUUACCCAGACGGGAGACACCCCUUUGUGUGAACAAGUUUGAUGUUCGUCGUGGAGUUCCCUGGUCACAUGACUUAAUACAGGUCUGUAACUGAAUAAACUUGUGAAAACUGUG